AUGUCGACGCAGGUCCUUUACAACGUCGAAUCGAUCGAAGGCCGACGGGGAAAAGGAUCGAAACGGCGCUACAAGGUCAAAUGGGAAGGGUAUGACGAGCCCACGAUGGAGCCCGUCCGAUGCUUCCCGGACGGCUGGGCGAAGACGGCUAUCAGGAUGUACGAUGAAGCCGUCGCCAAGGGAUACAAACGGGUCUCGGUCAAGGGCGACCCGCACGAGCUCUACAUCGGACAAAAACAAGUCAACCCGGCCACGCUCAUGCCGAAGAUCGUGAAGGGCAAGAAAGACUUGGCGCAAAAGGGCUCGGAGCCCCGAAAGAUGAAGAGGAGCCUCGGCUCUAGGAUGAACAACAACUCGACCAAGCCGAAGAAAGCCGCCGCCACGGGCACUGCCAAGCCAAAGAAGCCAACCGUGCCGAAGAAGAGCGCGGCCCCCGUCCGCGCCGCGAAGCCGAAGACUGCCGUCUCGGCCAAGUCGAAGAAAAGCACCGCCCCUGUGCGCACCACCGUUUCUAGUGAUGUUUUUCAGGAAAGCCGCUGCAACAACAGCCCCGCAGGCAACUGGCACCAAGCGCAAGACGGCCGCCGACUCGUCCCGUCGCAGCUCGAAGCCCCCUUUUGCCUGAAUUCGGCACUGCAUUCAACAACGACUCCUUCAACUUCACGCGAAAUUCCCCUAGAUGAUGAACUUUUCACCCUCCGCCCAUUAUUAUUCAUUGUCGUU